CAGUAUAUUCCUACAUUCUUGUUUAUUAACCAACAACAACGUAAGCAGCACAAAAAUAUACAAAAACAAAAAUUACAGAAGAAGAAUGGGCAGUUUCAUUGAAAUUCUUUGUGCAAUUUUCAUGCCUCCUGUUGGCGUAUUCCUCAGAUUUGGUUGCGGGUUGGAGUUUUGGCUCUCUUUGCUCCUAACGUUCUUGGGUUUUGUACCUGGAAUGGUAUAUGCCAUAUGGGUUCUUACCAAAUAGAACAACCAAACAAAAACACUAAAUCUAUUUUUUUUUUCUUUUGGUUUCUUUUGAACAACGUAUCUCAAGUUUUUCUUUUAAUGUUGUGUUAUGGACUCAGUUGUAAUCUCUAGUCUCUCCGUUAUUUAACAAUCUUUUUGUCGCUAUA